AUGGGAAAAUGGGUGGGAGGGCUAGUUGGUGUAGGUGAGACAGCUUUGCCAGGCCCAGAAAACAUUGGUUGCUCAAAUGGCUGUGGUGGAGGUGGUAUUGGAACUUUUGGUUGCCUACCACCUGUAAUUAUAGGUAGUAGUGAUGGUGUUGUAGGUAGCUCAAAUGGCUUUGGAGGAGAUGGUGGUGGAGGUUUAGAUGGGAGAGGAGGAGGAGGAGGAGGAGGAGGAGGUGGUGGUGCUGAUGGAGAAGGCAGUAAAGGCUGCAGCUGGAAUGGUUGUGGUGGGGGUGGAACUGGAACACUUGGCUGCUUCCCACCUGGAACAACAGUAGGUGGUGAGAAUACCUUACCUGUAGGUGGUGAAACAGGCAAUUCAAAUGGCUUUGGUGCUGGUGGUGGUGUGGGUAUGGGAACUGGAGCAGAUUGGAUAGUAGGUGGAGGGGAAACAGCUUUACCAGGCACAGGAAACAAUGGUAGCUCAAAUGGUUGCGGUGGAGAUGGUAUUUUCCUAGCCCCUGUGAUACUAGGCGGCAGUGAUGGUGGUUUAGGUAGUUCAAAUGGCUUUGGAGGAGAUGGGAGUGGAGGCCUAGAUGGUCUGAGAGAGGGACUUGAAAGUGGAGGAAAAGGGAAGGGAGGAGGGGGAGGAGGAGGAGGAGGUGGUAGAAGUGUUGGUGUUGAUGGCAGUGGUGGUGGUGGUGGUGGUGGUGAUAGGGAGGGUGGUCGUAGUGGAGAUGGUUGGGGAAUAGGAAAAGGUUUUGGCACUGUUUUAACUCCAGGUUUUGGGAGGACAGGUGCAGGAAAUUGUGGCUGUGCUGUGGGUAUUGGUGGUGGCUUACCCACACCUGGACUGGCACUGGGGCGAAGCUGGGUGGUGGCGCGGGCACCACAACGAUGCCAUGAGUGGGCGGCGCUCCUGGGGCGGCAGGCGAGGGGGCAGCGCCCAGAGGUCUGCCCGGCACCAGGCCAGGAGGCCCGUAUUCCAGCGACGGUGUCGCUGGCCAGCUACCACCCGGCGCCCACAGUGACGCGUACCAUACCUGUGUAUGUUCCAGCCAGCACAGUGAUGUGA